GUAUCCGUCGUCACCGGUGCACAGGCGACGGACCGCAACCGCGUACGGUCGACAGCAGCUGCUUGAGUUAACAAUCCGCCGCGAUUCGCUUAUCGCGCCAACACCGAUAACAACGCACACGUUCACACGCACCCACCCGUUCACUCGGCAGCGUAACGCUCGUAAUCUUCGAUCGCUGGUCUUCGCACUCCCGUCUCGUAACGUACCGUCGGUCGGCCGUCCACAGACCUCUCGGACGUCUCCCGUUGCCGUGAUAAACGCCGUUGGUCAGAGGACAUCGACAUCGAAUAGCUAAAACGCUUGAGAUCGCACGGCGAGCGCAAGAAAACCCGUCCACGUCUACUACCGCCGACAUGGGUGGCUUUUAUAGUUAUUUCAAAAGUUUAUUUGGUGACAAAGAACUCAGAAUUUUAAUCUUGGGCUUAGAUGGUGCAGGAAAGACUACCAUAUUGUACAGGUUACAAGUUGGUGAAGUUGUGACUACUAUUCCUACUAUAGGAUUCAAUGUUGAACAGGUUGUUUAUAAAAAUAUUAAAUUCCAAGUUUGGGAUCUUGGAGGCCAAACGUCCAUUAGGCCCUAUUGGAGAUGUUAUUAUUCAAAUACAGAUGCUGUUGUGUAUGUUAUUGAUUCAGUUGACCGAGAAAGAAUGGGAAUAGCCAAAGAUGAAUUAAUGUACAUGCUUAAAGAAGAAGAACUAAAUGGUGCUAUAUUAACAAUAUUGGCUAACAAACAAGAUGUUGAAGGUUGUAUGAAUGUUACUGAAAUACACCAAGCUCUCGGAUUAGACACUCUCAAGAACCGAACAUUCCAAAUAUUUAAGACUUCAGCAAAAAAAGGUAUAGGACUUGAUGAGGCUAUGGAUUGGCUUUGUAAUACGCUACAAAACCACAAAUAAUUUAUUGCUAUACCUAUUAUAUUCUAUUGUAAUUAGAAAAUUGUAUAAAUUAAAAUGUUUUAUUGUAUAAUUAUGUCCCCUCUAUUUUGUGAAAAUGUUAAAUUCAAUAAUAUUGUGUAAGGUUGCUACCAAAUAUAUAGCUGUGAUAUUCAAUGUAUUUAAAACUCCACAGCUGGUCUUUUUUUAAUGUCAAAAAAAUUAAUAACUUUUAUAUAGUGUUCACCACGUUUUCUAUCAUAAAUAUUGUGGUAGAAAAACAAGCAUUCAAAAAAUACAUAAAAUACAUUAUAAUAUGAA